CAUAAAUUGUUUGUAUUUGGAUUUUAAACCAAUAUCAACAGUCAGUUUAAAGGCCAUGGACCCCAAAAUACCAUACGAUGACUACCAACUACCCGUGGUUUUCCUCCCUUCUUACGAAAAUCCACCAGCAUGGAUCCCUCCACAAGAGCGCGUCCAACACCCCGACUAUAACAAUGAACUUACACAGUUUCUUCCUCGCACCAUCGUCUUGAAAAAACCUCCUGGAGCGCAGCUUGGCUUCAAUAUUCGUGGAGGCAAAGCUUCACAACUUGGCAUCUUCAUUUCUAAGGUAGUCCCAGAUUCUGAUGCACACCGGGCUGGACUUCAGGAGGGAGACCAAGUGUUAUCUGUAAAUGAUGUUGAUUUCCAGGACAUCGAACACUCCAGGGCUGUUGAGAUUCUGAAGACGGCUAGAGAGAUUUUGAUGAGAGUGCGCUUCUUUCCCUACAAUUACCAGAGACAGAAGGAGAGGACUGUCCACUAGGUGGCAGAGGAGUGCUGCAUAUCCAAAUGAUGCAGUCAAAUAGGUGGAGCUGUUAUGGAGAGAAUCACGUCAUUUCUGCCCUCCCAUGGACUACACUCUCCCUCUUUACGCAUGGCUGGUAGGACUUAAACAUACUGAUCCUGGCUUCAUGAUGAGAUACCAUGCACACACUUCUCCCAAACACACAUCACCCAAGUCAACCCUAUCCUCCCCAGCAGAGAUGUACUGUUUGAUGAGAUUUUCAAUUGCGUGGAGAGGCUGAGUAGGUGUCAAAGAGGUUUGGUACAUUGUAAAACAUCAGGAAAAUAUUACUGAAUCAUGCCUCAACACUAAUGAUAGUUCUGUAGUAAUUAUUUAUGUAAAAAUAUCCUAACAAGAACUUGCCUUGUACAGUGCAUGGAAGCAGUAAGCAAUGGCAAAGCAUGCGGCUUUCCCCAUUGUCAUCUUUAGAUCAGCCAGUGUAGCUGAUUCAUUUAACAAGCAGAAAUUGAAAUAACAGAAACUUUUUACUGCAUGCAUUGUAAUGAUUUUUUUCUUUUUCGAAAGUGCUUUUAAUGUGACUAACCUUUGUAUUGGUGCUAAACAUUUGGAUAAUGUUCAGUUUUGUAACUGUAAAGUGGCACAUUUUAGAAUGACAUAACAUUUUUGAUAAGUACCAUUUUAGCCAUUAUACAUUUAUUAUGAGGCUAUUCAAAGUGCUGCAGCAAGUUCCAUUCAAAUCUGAGGUCUGUUAAAUGACCGCUGCAAAGUACUGUAUAUUGACCACUGUCAAUGGCAUCGGGGGUUUUGCUUCUGAUUCACGUCUUUCAUAUCAUUCCACAAGUUGUACUCUUUGUUGGUUCGGUUAUAGCCAUGGAACUUUGAAAGUGAAAGCAAUGAUCCUUAAGAACCCUUUUUCAACCGUCUCUGUUUGUGUAAUAAAGACCCAUUGUGUGA